AUCUCACUCGUUUGAAGAUUGAUUAAAGAGACAGUUGAUCUUGUUCGUAAGACGAGAUUGUGAUGAUGAUGAUGACUGAGUCACUUUGAGCCUUUACAUUAUAUAAGAGGAGAAACUUUAUAAUCACACAUUUUCCUUUUUCUUGUCCUCGGGGCCUCAAGACUGAACCAACCUCCUUCAUCUUCCACUGAAGCUCCAGGACUCUUCACACACACCAGGACCCAACAUGAGCUUGCAACUUGAACUGAAGAAUGUGAAUCUGCAAACUGGAGAUCAGCUGAAAAUAAAAGGAAUAAUUCUGCAUGAUGCUGACAGAUUCCAGAUCGACCUCGGCAGCGAUGAAGAGAACCUGGCGCUGCACUUCAACCCUCGGUUCCACGACGACAGCGAUGGAUCUGUGCUUGUGUGCAACUCCAAGUCUGACGGCUGUUGGGGCGACGAGCAACGGGAUCUACACAACCCCUGGCAGAGAGGUGCAGAAAUUAAGAUCGUGUUGAAGUUGGCCGGAGACAUGUUUGAGGUGGAACUCGCUGACGGAAAUGAAGUCCAGUUCCCUAACCGUGUUGGCAUGGGCGUCUUCAACUUCAUCAGAGUCACUGGAGACAUCAAACUGAUGUGCUUAAAGCUCAGCCAAUAGACCCAGCUGCUGCAGCUCCUGCAUGCUGUGUCCCUCAGUUUGGUCGAAAACAAUAAAUGAUUAAAGACUUUUAAUAAACUACAAAGAAUGUU